AUGGAUACCUGCGCAAAUUGUUCACGAAGAGUUUAUGUUAUCGAGAAAGUCGAGGCAAAUGGUCGUAUAUAUCACAAGAGUUGCUUCAAGUGUAAAGAUGAAGGAUGUCGCUUGACUUUAGCCAAUUUUCAUUAUUAUGGUGGUGAUCUCUAUUGUCCAAAACACGUCCCUAAAUUUAACGCAAUCGUCUCUCCAAGAACGUCCAAGGCUUCAUUAUAA